AUGCCUGGCACAGAGAGCCGUGCCUCGAGUGGUUUUGCUGCUGCCGUGCAUCUUUCAUGUUUCAACACCGUGGAAGUGGCCGUGGAGGGGACUGCUACUGCAAGUGCCCCGGAGCAACAGGUAAUGAAGUUGCCCGGAGACCCUUGGCAUGGAAACGUCUUGCUGUCACGCGGCGCCCGGAAGUUCACGGAGACAGACGAGAUGCCGCCUCAGACGCAGGCUGGCAACGAGUUGGCUCUGGCGAACUAUGGCCGCUUACAUUCAGCCGGCAGCCCGCUCCAAAUCCCGACAGAGCUCAGCGGCAUUACCAUUCCGCAAAUUCAGGCCCUACUCGCCUUCAUGCAAGGUAUGGUCCAGUGUUGGUUUGGCACGUUUGGUGCAGAGUGCGGGCUACCUCUGUCCUUUGAGUCCUUCAAUCUGUAUCAUGCAGACUACUGGAUCUUGCAGCCGGCGACUGCAGGAGCAGGUGGGCGCGGCUGCAGCUAUGUGGAGCUCGUGGCAGAGAGCAUAGAAGCACAACGUCCCACGUGGUUUGUAUCACAUGCCUGGAAAGAGCCAAUCGUGCUGUUCCUGCGGUGCUUGCUCCGCCACGCUGCCGUGCGAGACUUGCGCGGAGAUCCUGCGUACUGGGUCUGUGCCUAUGCGAACAACCAGCAUGCACUCGGCGAUGCCAUCCCCACAGAUCCGCGGAAAUCAUCAUUUUACUUGGCGAUGAUGCUCUGCCGUGGAGUGCUGCUGGUGCUGGAUGCUGCAGCCACGCCCUUUCAGAGAAUCUGGUGCUGUUUCGAGGAAGCAAUUGCUGUUGAAAACUCCGCCAAGCUCUUUCUGGACGUGGCGGCGACAAGCGGCGAUAUGGCCCACAUCCUUACGGAUGGCCUUGCGGGAAAUGAGGCCAAGUUGCUGCCCCUGCUGGGGCUACUUGCCAAAUCCCGGCGUGAGGAACCUUUCCCCGCCAAUUUACUGGAGCACGGACUCGGAGUCCGCAUUGAGAUUGCCGAGGCCUCCAGGGAGGAGGACAAGACACGAAUCUUGAACAGCAUUGCCUUCCCACGAGCAGGAACGCAGGCCCUGGAUGAGGCACCAAAGGAGGAGCACGACAAGUAUGGAGCCGUGAAUCGGGCAUUGAGGAGCCACUUUGCUUUGAGCAGCCUCUAUGCAUGCUACACUCGAGACACCGACCCAAGCAAUUUUCUGGCUGCACUCCGUGUGGAUGCUGCCCGCCUUUCCGUGCAGCUCUCAUUGACUGGCUGCAAACACUUCAGAGAUGCACAGAUGCGCGCGCUCUUGGCUCAUUUGCCAAGAACUCUUCUGUGCCUCCGCCUGGACCUUGGCCACACAGGCCUGCAGACCAUCGCAGUGGACGGCUUUUGCUGCCAGCUGCGCACACUGCAGCUUCGCUUCUCAGGGGCAUCGCUGCGAGAAGCUGUCGGCAUAGCAGCCCUCCUCGACACGGCCCAAGCUUCCUUGCUCCGUUUGGAGCUUUGGUUUGCAGCCUUGCCGAUGCUUGAAGAGCUCAAUCUCAGCGAAGCUUUGCUGAAGCUCCGCUUGGAGGAGUUGUCUCUCCACGUCCAAGGGUGCCCCAAGGUUCCCCAAGCUUCGAAGCAGGCAUUGCACAAUGCCGCCCGAAAGCUUCAGAGCCGUGACAAGGACUUGCAGAUGUGGCUCUGCAUCGAGGAUGCAGCGACGUGGACGCAGCAGCUCCAGGCUCUGCUGCCAUGGGAUCGCAUCCGGAAGUUGCAAGGCUUCCAAAGCAGCGGCUCGGAGAAAGGGCAAAGCACGAGAACAGAAUCCGAGAUCAACCAGGACUUGCCGUUUCCAUGCAGCCACGGGCGCUGCCCACGCUUCCAUGCGAAUGGAUAUUGCGACCAGCACUUCUUCUGCAGCCUCCGGCGGAGUGCAUUCAAAUCCUUCCAAGAGGCUCGGUGUUGGUCUGAGUUGGCUCUGAUCUUCUUCGUGCAAGCAGCUGCCGACAUCGAGUCCAGAGGCCUGCUGCUGCUGAUCAUGCUGUCUCUGUAUCCGGUUCUGGUCUUUGGUGUGGCGAACGUGAGCGGCUUCUCUGUCUCCUCGCUGUCCACGCUGUUGCUGGCUCUGCUGGUUGCCUCCUUCGCCUUCGCAAGUUUCCGUUUCGACCAGAUGCAACGGGCGGCACGGGAGUUCUCUUUGUCCUCGGAGGCUUUCUACUCGAAGGUGUUGGAGGAUGACGGGCACCUGUCCCACACCUCGCUGGUCUUCGGUGUAGAUGGGGAGAAAUAUCCGAGCGUGGACCAAGUGCGGCAGGAGACGGUGAGCGACUUGAAAAGCAGCUUUCUGUCCGCGCGGCAGCACCUUCCGAGCUUUGAGAGAGCGGUGCAGGAGGUUGUGAGGGCAGUGGAUGCAGAAGGCAUGGAAGCACGCCUGAAAUGCGGAGAUGAGGCUCUCCUUGCCUCUGAGUGCCAAGGAGCUGUGGACAUCUUGCAAUAUGAGAUCUACUGCAAAGACAUCCUGCACAUGCGGCAAACAUGGAACGAGCUGAGCAGGGCUUUCCAGGGCGAGGAGCAGCCGAUCCGCAUCGUGGCCUUGCGAGACGGCUUCGCAGAAGAAGACAGCAAGCGAAGGUGCUGUGAAGUCGUGCUUUGCAUCGAGGGAUACUUCGCUACCGUGCUGCUUUUGGAGCGGUCUUUGGAUUCCGCAGAAAGGAAGCUUGCAGGCCUUUGCCGCAUGGCACAGAAUUUCGGCCUUCUGGUGGAGCCGCGACACAGCAGAGGCCAAGAAAGCAAGCAGGAAGCGAAGGCGAAGAGGUCUCCGAGACCUUCUCUUUGGCUUAGCAUUAUCCUGGGCCUGGUGAGGGCGACGGCGCUGCUGUGCAGCGGAUAUUUCGCCUUGCAGUACUCCCUGCGCUACGGGCCGCCGGAGCUGCGCGAGAGCCUGCCAGGGCUCGGUGCUCUGCUGAAGAUUCAAGACGCAGAGGACAGAUCCUGGUUCCAGGCAAUCAGCUUGGCUCUUCCCUAUGCCGUCCUUGUCCUUGUUUUCAGUCACGACCUUCUGCGGUGCCGGCGUCGGGUGUCCCGCAGGCUGAAACCGUCCCAGAUCAUCUUUGAGCGGCACUUUGGAGUCCACGGCAACUGCUAUGUUGUCAAGGUCGCACUGAUCCAGAUAAUGACAGUGCUCCUGCAAGCCUUCGGGAAGGUACCGCUUCUGAGAGGAACCGUCACGUUUGCAAUGUAUCAGAACAUCUCAGCAGCCUCGGUGCUGAAACGAUGCUUCUGGAUCUUCUAUGUGCUGCUGACCUUCAACAGCCUGUUCCCGAGUAUCCUGUUUGUGCGGCCAGAUUCCCGCUGGUGUCGCUAUGGUGCUGCCGUCAUGGAUGUAGUCAUGGAUCUGGGAUACAUGCUCACCUACUUGCUCACUGUGGUGACGGCUAUGUCCGAGCUGACGCUGGAGACGGCCGUGCGUGGCAACUUCGGGGAUGCGGCGGAGCUGGACCUGAGCAACAGCAUAAGCCCAACCUUCGCUUUCCCCUCUGACAUCCUGCAGUUCCUGGCGGUGUACAUCAGCCUUGCGCACACCUGUUGUGCCUGCCGCUCUGUCGAACGUGCCAGGGAUCUGGGCAGUCUGGGCGGUCUGGGCGAAAGCUCUGUGGAGCCAAAGCAAUCGAAGCGACCGAUCAUUCACCGCACGGUCUUUCCUGCGUGUGAUGGCCGGCUGGUGCUGCGAUGCCUCAAGGCACUGUACUCUCCCAUCCUGCUCCUGGUGCUUUUCCUGCUUCUUCGCUCUCCGGACAUGUACCCUGGUCACGACUUCAGCUGCUUCCCGUGCCGCUGCUCUGUGUGCUGCUCCUCUAUCGGGUGGCGCCUGGAAAGCUGCCGAUUAGCAGCCGUACUCCGACAGGCGGAGCUGGCCCUGUCCGGCGUCCACAGCAUCGCCCAAGGAGCGUUCGACCCCUUGGGCUGCUACGUGCGCCGCCUAUCCCUCUCCAACCACAAGUUGACCUCCCUGCCGGCCAAACGGUUCCGGCACCUGAGUUGCCUGGAAGCCCUGGACCUGGGCAGAGGACGCCUCGAGCGCCUGGAGGACGAGGCCUUCGAGGGCCUGGCGCAGCUGCGCCUUCUGUCACUCAGCGAAAACAAGCUUGCCGACCUCCCCACCCAGGUUCUGAAACCGCUGCUCGGCCUGGAGCAGCUGCUGCUAGGUGGCAAAAGCGACAAACAAGGCAAUGUAAUCGUGAGCGGGAACCAGCUUGUGAGUUUGCCGAACUUCACGCAGAACCCUCGGCUGAGAGUGUUGGACGUCAGCGAGAACAAUCUGAAGAACUUGGAGGACGCCACCUUCUCGCAUCUCCACAGACUCCGAGUCCUGGACCUCGGCCGCAACAACCUCCUCAACGUCUCCGACCACACCUUCGCAGGCUUGACCUCGCUUCAGAAGCUGGAUUUGGGCAGCAACAAGCUGGAACAGCUUCCGGAAACGGUCUUCCAAAACCUGACCUCCCUUCAGAAGCUGGAUUUGCACAGCAACAAGCUGGCAGAGCUCCCGGAAACAGUCUUCCAAAACUUGACCUCCCUUGAGACGCUGUAUUUGGGCUGGAACAGGCUGGCAGAGCUCCCGCAAACGGUCUUCCAGGGCUUGACCUCCCUUGAGACGCUGGAUUUGCACGAGAACCAGCUGGCAGAGCUCCCAGAAACGGUCUUCCAGGGCUUGACCUCCCUUGAGAUGCUGGAUUUGAGAGGCAACCAGCUGGCAGAGCUCCCGCAAACGGUCUUCCAGGGCUUGACAUCCCUGCAGAUGCUGGAAAGGGUCUUCCAGGGCUUGACCUCCCUUGAGAGCCUGGAUUUGAGCGACAACAAGCUGGCAGAGCUCCCGGAAACGGUCUUCCAAGGCUUGACCUCCCUUGAGAUGCUGGAUUUGAGAGGCAACCAGCUGGCAGAGCUCCCGCAAACGGUCUUCCAGGGCUUGACCUCCCUUGAGACGCUGGAUUUGCACGAGAACCAGCUGGCAGAGCUCCCAGAAACGGUCUUCCAGGGCUUGACCUCCCUUGAGAGGCUGGAUUUGAGCGACAACAAGCUGGCAGAGCUCCCGGAAACGGUCUUCCAGGGCUUGACCUCCCUUGAGACGCUGGAUUUGCACUGGAACCAGCUGCAAGAGCUACCGGAAACGGUCUUCCAGGCCUUGACCUCCCUUGAGACGCUGGAGUUGUUCUACAGCAAGCUGGCAGAGCUCCCAGCAGCGGUCUUCCAGGGCUUGACCUCCCUUGAGAUGCUGGGUUUGAGAGGCAACCAGCUGGCAGAGCUCCCAGAAACGGUCUUCCAGGGCUUGACCUCUCUUAAGAGGCUGGAUUUGGGCAGCAACUACAAGCUGGCAGAGCUCCCGGAAACGGUCUUCCAGGGCUUGACCUCCCUUGAGACGCUGGAUUUGAGCGUCAACAUCAAGCUGGCAGAGCUCCCGGAAACGGUCUUCCAGGGCUUGACCUCCCUUGAGACGCUGGAGUUGUUCUACAACAAGCUGGCAGAGCUCCCAGCAGCGGUCUUCCAGGGCUUGACCUCACUUGCGACGCUGAAGUUGCACGACAACAAGCUGGCAGAGCUCCCGGAGAAGGUCUUCCAUGGCUUGACCUCCCUUGAGACACUGGAGUUGAACAGCAACAACCUGGCAGAGCUCCCGGAGAAGGUCUUCCAGGGCUUGACCUCGCUUCAGGUGUUGGAGUUGUACAGCAAUCAGCUGGCAGAGCUCCCGCAAAGGGUCUUCCAGGGCUUGACCUCCCUUAAGAUGCUGCAUUUGGGCGGCAACAGGCUGGCACAGCCAGUGAGGCGCUGUGUUGAGGCCGCCUUGAGCUGCGAGAAUUGCGGUGCCAUCAUUCUUCGUCGUCAGCUUCUCAGUUGGAUGUCGGCUGCGGCAUUGGGGAUACUGGUGGCUGCACGCUUGGCACGUGCUUACUCCCGCUGGGAACUGGUCCGAUUCAUCGUGUGCCGCGAAGUUUUGGUCCAGAUUAGCCGCCCGCAGAGCCCGGAGUCCCCCCAAUUUAUGUUUUGUACAGGCAUGCUGCAGACGACAGCGUCCGAAAUUCGUGGCGGGGCCGUGCCUGGCACAGAGAGCCGGGCCGCCGGUUUUGCUGCUGCCGUGCGACUUUCAUUUUCCACCACCGUGGACGUGGCCGUGGAGGGGACUGCUACUGCAAGUGAUGUUAUCGCAGCGGUGAAGGCGAAAUUGCCUGGAGACCCUUGGCAUGGAAACGUCUUGCUGUCACGCGGCGCCCGGAAGUUCACGGAGACAGACGAGAUGCCGCCUCAGACGCAGUCCGGCAACGAGUUGGCGCUGGCGAACUAUGGCCGCUUACAUUCAGCCGGCAGCCCGCUCCAAAUCCCGACAGAGCUCAGCGGCAUUACCAUUCCGCAAAUUCAGGCCCUACUCGCCUUCAUGCAAGGUAUGGUCCAGUGUUGGUCUGGCACGUUUGGUGCAGAGUGCGGGCUACCUCUGUCCUUUGAGUGCUUCAAUCUGUAUCAUGCAGACUACUGGAUCUUGCAGCCGGCGACUGCAGGAGCAGGUGGGCACGGCUGCAGCUAUGUGGAGCUCGUGGCAGAGAGCAUAGAAGCACAACGUCCCACAUGGUUUGUAUCACAUGCCUGGAAAGAGCCAAUCGUGCUGUUCUUGCGGUGCUUGCUCCGCCACGCUGCCGUGCGAGACUUGCGGGGAGGUCCUGCAUACUGGGUCUGUGCCUAUGCGAAUAACCAGCACGCACUGGGCGAUGCCAUCCCAAGAGAUCCGCGGAAAUCAUCAUUUUACUCUGCGAUGAUGCUCUGCCGUGGAGUGCUGCUGGUGCUGGAUGCUGCGGCCACACCCUUUCAGAGAAUCUGGUGCUGUUUCGAGGAAGCAAUUGCUGUUGAAAACUCCGCCAAACUUUUUCUGGACGUGGCAGCGACAAGCGGCGAUGUGGCCCACAUCCUUACGGAUGGCCUUGCGGGUAAGGAGGCCAAGUUGCUGCCCCUGCUGGGGCUACUUGCCAAAUCCCGGCGUGAGAAGCUUUUCCCCGCCAAUCUGCUGGAGCACGGACUCGGAGUCCGCAUUGAGAUUGCCGAGGCUUUCAGGGAGGAAGACAAGACACGAAUCUUGAACAGCAUUGCCUUCCCACGGGCAGGAACGCAGGCCCUGGAUGAGGCACCACAGGAGGAGCACGACAAGUACGGAGCCGUGAAUCGGGCAUUGAGGAGCCACUUUGCCUUGAGCAGCCUUUAUUCAUGCUACGCUCAAGACGCAGACCCGACCAAUUUCCUGGCUGCACUCCGUGCGGACGUUGCCCGCCUUUCCGUGCAGCUCUCGUUGACUGGCUGCAAAUACUUCAGAGAUGCACAGAUGCGCGCGCUGUUGGCUCAUUUGCCAAGAACUCUCUUGUGCCUCCGCCUGGACCUUGGCCACACAGGCCUGCAGACCAUCGCAGUGGACGGCUUUUGCUGCCAGCUGCGCACACUGCAGCUUCGCUUCUCCGGGGCGUCACUGCGAGAAGCUGGCGGCAUAGCAGCCCUCCUCGACACAGCCCAAGCUUCCUUGUUCCACUUGGAGCUUUGGUUUGCAGCCUUGCCGAUGCUUGAAGAGCUCAAUCUCAGCGAAGCCUUGCUGAAGCUGCGCUUGGAGGAGUUGUCUCUCCACGUCCAAGGGUGCCCCAAGGUUCCCCAAGCUUCGAAGCAGGCAUUGCACAAUGCCGCCCGAAAGCUCCAGAGCCGUGACAAGGACUUGCAGAUGUGGCUCUGCAUCGAGGAUGCAGCGACGUGGACGCAGCAGCUCGAGGCUCUGCUGCCCAAGCGCUCAAAGCCGCUGCAUCGCCUAUGUUUCCGAGGCACCGCCUCGGAGAAAGGGCAAAUCACGAGAGCAGAAUCCGAGAUCAACCAGGACUUGCCGUUUCCAUGCAGCCACGGGUGCUGCCCACGCUUCCAUGCGAACCUGAAUGGAUAUUGCGACGAGCACUUCUUCUGCAGCCUCCGGCGGAGUGUCUUCAAAUCCUUCCAAGAGGCUCGGUGUUGGUCUGAGUUGGCUCUGAUCUUCUUCGUGCAAGCAGCUGCCGACAUCGAGUCCAGAGGCCUGCUGCUCCUGAUUCUGCUGUCCCUGUAUCCGGUUCUUGUCCUUGGCGUGGCGAACAUGAGCGGCUUCUCCGUCUCUUCGCUGUCCACGCUGUUGCUGGCUCUGCUGAUUGCCUCCUUCUCCUUCGCAAGUUUCCGUUUCGACCAGAUGCAACGCGCGGCACGAGAGUUUUCCCUGUCCUCGGAGGCUUUCUACUCGAAGGUGUUGGAGGAUGACGGCCACCUGUCCCACACCUCGCUGGUCUUCGGUAUAGAUGGGGACAAAUAUCCAAGCGUGGACCAAGUUCGGCAGGAGACGGUGAGCGACUUGAAACCCAGCUUUCUGUCCGCGCGGCAGCACCUCCCGAACUUUGAGAGCGCGGUGCAGAAGGUUGUGAGGGCAGUGGAUGCAGAAGGCAUGGAAGCACGCCUGAAGUGUGGGGAUGAGGCUCUCCGUGCUUCCGAGUGCCAAGGAGCUGUGGACAUCUUGCAAUAUGAGAUCUACUGCAAAGAUAUCCUGCACAUGCGGCAAACAUGGAACGAGCUGAGCAGGGCUUUCCAGGGCGAGGAGCAGCCGAUCCGCAUCGUGGCCUUGCGAGACGGCUUCGCAGAAGAAGACAGCAAGCGAAGGUGCUGUGAAGUCGUGCUUUGCAUCGAGGGCUACUUCGCUACUGUGCUGCUUUUGGAGCGAUCUUUGGAUUCCGCAGAAAGGAAGCUCGCAGGCCUCUACCGCAUGGCACAGAAUUUCGGCCUUCUGGUGGAGCCGCGACACAGCAGAGGCCAAGAAAGCAAGCAGGAAGCGAAGGCGAAGAGGUCUCCGAGACCUUCUCUUUGGCUUAGCAUUAUCCUGGGCCUGGUGAGGGCGACGGCUCUGCUCUGCAGCGGGUAUUUCGCCUUACAGUACUUCCUGCGCUACGGGCCGCCGGAGCUGCGCGAGAGCCUGCCAGGGCUUCGUGCUCUGCUGAAGAUUAAAGACGCGGAGGACAGAUCCUGGUUCCAGGCAAUCAGCCUGGCCCUUCCCUAUGCCGUCCUUGUCCUUGUUUUCAGUUACGACCUUCUGCGGUGCCGGCGUCGGGUGUCCCGCAGGCUGAAACCGUCCCAGAUCAUCUUUGAGCGGCACUUUGGAGUCCACGGCAACUGCUAUGUUGUCAAGGUCGCACUGAUCCAGAUAAUGACAGUGCUCCUGCAAGCCUUCGGGAAGGUACCGCUUCUGGGAGGAACUGUCACCUUUGCAAUGUAUCAGAACGUCCCAGCAGCCUCGGUGCUGAAACGAUGCUUCUGGAUCUUCUAUGCGCUGCUGACCUUGAACAGCCUGUACCCAAGUAUCCUCUUUGUGCGGCCAGAUUCCCGCUGGUGUCGCUAUGGUGCUGCCGUCAUGGACAUAGGCAUGGAUCUGGGAUACAUGCUCACCUACUUGCUCACCGUGGUGACCGCCAUGUCCGAGCUGACGCUGGAGACGGCAGUGCGUGGCAACUUCGGGGAUGCGGAGGAGCUGGACCUGAGUAACAGCAUCAGCCCAACCUUCGCUUUCCCUUCUGACAUCCUGCAGUUCCUGGCGGUGUACAUCAGCCUUGCGCACACCUGUUGUGCCUGCCGCUCUGUCGAGCGUGCCAAGGAUCUAGGCGAAAGCUCUGCAGAGCUUGUGGAGCCAAAGCAGUCGAAGCGACCGAUCAUUCACCGCACGGUCUUUCCUGCCCGUCAUGGCCGGCUGGUGCUUCGAUGCCUCAAGGCACUGUACUCUCCCAUGCUGCUCCUGGUGCUCUUCCUGCUUCUUCGCUCUCCGGACGUGUACCCUGGCCACUCCGGCGACUUCAGCUGCUUCCCGUGCCGCUGCUCUCAGGAGGCGAGGCGCCUGGAAAGCUGCCGAUUAGCAGCCGUACUCCGACAGCCGGAGCUGGCCCUGCCCGGCGUUCACAGCAUCGCCCAAGGAGCUUUCGACCCCUUAGGCUGCUAUGUGCGGCGCCUAUCCCUCGCCAACAACACGUUGAUCUCGCUGCCGGCGAAACGGUUCCGGCGCCUGAGCUGCCUGGAAGUCCUGGACCUGGGCAGAGGACACCUCGAGCACCUGGAGGAUGAGGCCUUCGAGGGCCUGGCGCAGCUGCGCCUCCUGUCACUCAGCGAAAACAAUAUCACCGACCUCCCGACCCAGGUUCUCAAACCGCUGCUCGGCUUGGAGCAGCUCCUUCUAGGCGGCAAGACCGCCAAAAACGGCUGGGGGAGAGAAAUCGUGCGUGGGAACCGGUUAGCGAGCUUGCCUGACUUCACGCAUAACCAGUGGCUGGAAGUGCUGGAUGUCAGCAAGAACGAGCUGACGGCCUUGAAGGACGGCACGUUUGCGCAGCUCCACAGACUCCGAGUCCUGGACAUCAACCACAACAAGAUCUGCAAUGUCUCCGCCCACGCCUUUGCAGGCUUAACCUCCCUGCAGUCGCUGGAUUUGAGCUCCAUCAGGCUGGCAGAGCUCCCGGAAUUGGUCUUCCAGGGCUUGACCUCCCUCAAGAGGCUGGAUUUGGAUGGUAACGACCUGGCAGAGCUCCCGGAGAAGGUCUUCCGGGGCUUGACCUCCCUUGAGAUGCUGGAUUUGUGCUGGAACAGGCUGGCAGAGCUCCCAGAAAAUGUCUUCCAGGGCUUGACCUCUCUUGAGUUUCUGGAUUUGCGCUGGAACAGGCUGGCAGAGCUCCCGGAAAAUGUCUUCCAGGGCUUGACCUCUCUUGAGUUUCUGGAUUUGGGCUGGAACAGGCUGGCAGAGCUCCCGGAAAAUGUCUUCCAGGGCUUGACCUCCCUUCAGUGGCUUGUGUUGUACAACAACACGCUGGCAGAGCCGGUGAGGCGCUGUGUUGAGGCCACCUUGACCUGUGAGAACUGCAGCUGCCAGGCUUCUUGA